ACUUGGAGGACUCCAUACGCCGGUGUGCCUCAUGAGAUGGCAAUGCAAACUCUGCACAUUUGAGGAUUCUUCAAGAGGGGAGCUUCCCAAGCAUUAUCGCGUCAAGCACGGUACUUUUGGUCGUGGCUAUUCUGUACCCUGUCUUCAUUUUAAAGCUGUCCUUGCUCCUUCAAGACUUGGGGUGGCCUGCGUACACACUUGUCUAGAUCCCACAAUUCACAGGAAACUGAAGAGUGUGAAGGUGUGCAAUCUUUCAAAUGUCAAAUUUGCAACUCAUUUUAUCCUAGUACAAAAGACUAUUUUCAGCAUAUUAAUUCCCACUUGAAAAGACAUGAAACCAUAGAAUGUGCUUUUAACGGAUGUGAUUUCAAGACAAACAUAUAUGGGACUUAUGCAACACACAGAAGUAGAAAACACAAGUCCUAUUCAUUGAAAGACUUUAAGACUGAUGUGAUCGCAGAGCAUCCUGUUGCUACUGAGAACGAAAUUGACUUUCCAAUGUUGGAAUCAUAUUGUCAUGUGGAUAGUGAUACCACCUUAGAGUUGGCUUGUGAAAGGGACACUAAAGGUGAAAUUGUUAAAAAUGUCGGUUCUCUCUUGUUAAAAUUGGAAAGCAUCUAUAAUGUCUCUGGCAAAUGUGUUGAUGACUUAGUGGAACAGCUUCAGUUUAUCUGCGAAUCAUCCACUCAGUACAUUCCAAAGUUAGUGAGUGAUAUUUUUACAAAGAAUAACUGUGCUGUUGAUGAAGCUAUUGUUAGUGAAUUAGUAGACAAACUCUAUCACUCCAAUCCUUUUACUGCAGCCUUGGGUCCUGAUGGUCCCUUUUCUUCUAAAUUUAAGAGGGUAAAGUAUUAUAAGGACAACUUCAGUGUAAUUGAGCCAGUAGAGUAUAUUUUGGAUCCAGAGAAGAAUUUUAGCUUUCAAUAUGUGCCUGUUCUUCAAUCCUUACUGCAAUUGUUGAAAAAUGAAGACAUUGUAAACAGGUUAUUGACUAAACAGACUACUUCAGACGACUCACAGUUUGCAUCCUUCCGUGAUGGUAAAUAUUUCAAGCUAAAUGAAUUUCAUGCUAAUGAGGAGUUCAGUAUUUCCCUUAUACUGUAUGCAGAUGAUUUUGAAAUCUGCAAUCCCCUUGGAACUUCACGGAAAAAACAUAAAGUCACAGCAGUUUACUGGGCACUAGCCAAUACACCACCUGAACUGAGAUCACAGUUAACAUCAAUUCAUUUAGCUCUCCUUUGUAAAGCAAAUCAUCUAAAAAAUGUUGGCUAUGAAACUGUUCUUGAGCCUCUUUUGAAGGAUCUCAUAACAUUGGAGAGGGAAGGAGUUUUUUUGCCUCAGGUUGGCAAAAAUAUCAGAGGUACUGUUUUUUGCGUUUCAGCAGACAAUCUUGGUGCGCAUUCUUUAAGUGGACUUGUAGAAAACUUUAGUGGACAUUAUAUCUGUAGGUUUUGUAUUGGCGACCGUUCUGACUAUCAGCAAAAAGAAGUACAUUCAGGAGCUUUUCCAUUAAGAACAAAAGAGAACUAUGAUUUACAUGUUCAGUCUGUAAAGAUAAAUCCUGCUUUGGUACACUGUUGUGGUGUGAAGAAAAGUUGUCCCAUCACAGAGAAAUUAAGUAAUUUCCAUUUUGUAACCGGGGAACUGGCACUGUGUCUUAAUGUGUGCAUCCACAAGAAGUACUUCACCUUGACAGAACUUAACAAGUCCAUCACACAAUUUCCAUACAAAUUUACUGAUAAAACGGAUCACCCUGGACCUAUCCCAGUGAAUUUUGCCUCUCGUAAAAGUAUUGGUGGGAACGCCAGUGAAAACUGGACAUUGUUAAGAUUAUUAUCAUUUAUUAUUGGUGCAACUGUACCACUGAAUGAUCCAGCAUGGCACGUUCUAAUGAUUUUAAAAGAUAUAACUGAGCUUGUAGUAGCCCCCAUUCAUACUGAGGAAAGUAUUUGCUACCUCGACACGCUGAUAUCUGAACAUCGUCACAGGCUGUUGGAAGUUUUCCCAGAUCAAAAAUUGAUUCCAAAGCACCAUUUUUUGGAGCAUUAUCCUGAUUUGAUAAGAGGGUAUGGUCCUUUGGUUAGCCUCUGGACUAUGCGAUUUGAGGCUAAACAUAGCUUCUUUAAGCAAGUUAUUAGGCACACAAAGAGCUUCAGAAAUGUAUUGAUGUCACUUGCCUCAAAGCACCAAAUGAUGAUGGCAUACAUUUCACAAGGAAAUGCUUUGAAACCUGCAGUGUGUGUCACAAAAAUAUCAUCUCUUCCAUUAGACAUACUUGAUACAGGAAUACAGCAGUCUUUCAAGGCAGUUUAUCCAACCCAAACCUCUGUGAAUUUGACCAAUGUGGCCAUACUCCAUAGAACUAAAUAUGCUGCUGGGAUGGUUUUGCCUUAUGGGUCAACUGGUGGAAUAUCUGAUUUUGUUAUGAUUUCACAGAUUGUUAUUGUCGAUGGCAGUGUCAGUUUCAUUGUGAAAAUGCUUAACAGCUGGUAUGAUGAACAUUUUAGGACAUUUAUGUUAGACCACUCUGGGAAAAUUACCCUGGUACAGCAGAGUGAACUUGGGGACACAUAUCCCUUGACAGCAUAUUUUGUGGAAGGAAAACUCAUGGUGACAUUGAAACGUCAAAUUAUUUGCCAGUGUUAGGUGAUGAGUUUGACUCUUUAAUGUCUAACACCUUGCUUCCUUCCUUCAGAGUAAUUUCUUUCUCUUUCUGUCAAGAUGGAUUUCGUUGCAUUGAAGGUUAUUAUAGAACACCGGAGUGAGAAGCUUACACUGUCCUCAGGAAUACCCAGCACUGUAGAACAGUUACAUGAGACAGUAAAAGAGACAUUUGGACUCAUUGAAGAUUUUACCCUGCAUUACCUGGAUGAGGACUUUGGUGAUUACUUCACUCUUCACUGCAUUCUACCAACCAGAUUAAACACAAGGGGACAAUCAAAGUGGUGAUGAUUCCAUCGGUAGUUCUUACAUUGACUGCUUUGACUGAAAACCAGACAGAUAUAAUGAAUGACAGUUUAAGCUCUGCUACUGAUGCAACGCCAGAUUCCCAGACCAAUGCCUCAUCAGUGUCUUCACAAGACAUCCUAUCCCCACGUAGAAGCCCUCAGACGACAACAUGGCCAAAUCAAAUCAUCAUUCCACUUUUCUCUGUGGCAACAGAGACAGUACUGAUGAAUGCCAAUGAAGAGUUUGUCAAAGAUCGUACUGUGCUGAACAAUUCUCGGAUCCGAUCUGAAAUCAUGGAAAAAUUAGCUGACUACAUGUACAGCUACACACCCUACCCCACAGGCCUUCAGAUAGGUGAGGUGGCAGAGGCUUUAGUCAGAAAGCAUCCAUGCCUGACAGAGCUAGGCAGUCGUAAUGGCUGGCUUGGAUGGAUGUACAGUCUUAAAUACAAGAUGGGAAAUUACAGGUCGAAGCUCCGAAGCCUUGGAUUUCCUGAGGUUGUCUGCAACUCACUUAAGAACAAG